AAUCAACCCAAAUGAGUCGUUCUUUCGGGGACGGAGGGAGUAUAAAAUAACAAAAUAACCUCUAUAAUGGUGAUAGGUAACCCCUAUAUGUAAUACUGACUGGGGCAACCCCUAUAAUACUGACAAAAUAAUCCUUUAACACUGACCAAAUAACUACUAUUAUACUAGCGAAGUAACUCCUAUGAUGGCUAGCUACAUCGUAUGGCCAACUACAUAUAAGAAUUUAAUCUACUUUAUAUAGAUAAAUUUGCUCUCAUCUCUUUUUAAGAAAUUGAUUUUGUAAAAAACAACCCUAGUAUAAGUUCAACCACAUUAUUUUUUUUUAAAAAAAAAAGCAUGGGUCACUUAAAGCAUGAAGGGAGUAAUAAAUAAAUAAAUAACCAAAUUAAAGAGAAAGAAAAAGAAUACGUGCCCAAAAGUCCAAAAUACACCUUGUCAAAAACAAAACGAAAUAAUAAAUAAAUAAAUAAAAAUCCAAAAUACACAGAUUUGAAACUCUUUAUAUGAGGCACACAUUCUCCUCCUACAUGUCCAAUUAAUCCCACACCCAAAAGAAGAAAAAAAAUAUAGAAAAAUGGAAGAUACUAAUUUUAGGAAAAAACAUUUUGUACUAGUACAUGGUGCAUGUCAUGGUGCAUGGUGCUGGUACAAGCUUAAGCCUCUACUAGAGCAUGCCGGGCAACGUGUUACGGUGCUCGACUUGGCGGCUUCGGGGAUUAACCCGGCAAAGAUAUUUGAACUUCAUUCUCUUCGCGAUUACACCGAGCCAUUAAUUCAAUUAAUGACAUCUAUUCCUGAUGAUGAGAAAGUUGUUCUUGUUGGGCAUAGUCUUGGAGGUCUUAGCAUUGCUUUGGUUACGGAAAUGUUCCCUCAAAAAAUUGAUGUUGUUGUUUUUCUUACUGCUUUUAUGCCUGAUACUCGUCACACCCCUUCUUUUAUUUUUGAUCAGGUAUUCAUACGCUUCUCAAUUUUUAUAUGCUAUUGA